AGCGCCUGCACAACCGGAGCUCAUGAGUAGGCACGCACCGCCGCUCUGUGGCCGCUCAGCUCUCGUUCACCUACGGCUUCCUCUACCGCUUGCUUCCCCAUCCUCCCGCGGCUCUCUAUGGCGGCCAAAAACCGCAAGCAAACCGGCAAGAGCGACAAAAGCGAAAAGAGUCCCCCGGUCGCUUCUACUGGUGGCAAAAGCGGCGCCAAGCGAGCCGCCGCCGCUGCUGGCGGCAGGGAUGCCAAAGCCGCGAAUGGGCUAUCGGGCAUUCGGAACAAGCUGGGGCUAAGUCACACCUCGGCGGCCGGGCUGGGAUUCACGCUUCUGCUCGCUGCUUUGAGCGGAUAUCUCCACUGGUAUCAUCUCACACAACUAUUUGAGAAUGACAGACACUUCUCACACUUAUCCAGCUUAGAGAAGGAAAUGGCUUUCCGGACCGAGAUGGGCUUGUAUUAUUCGUACUACAAGACCAUCAUCGACGCGCCGUCCUUCCUGGAGGGCCUGCACAUGAUCAUGAACGACCGGCUGACCGAAUACCCGCUCGUCAUAAACACCCUCAAGAGGUUUAAUCUUUACCCAGAGGUGGUUCUAGCCAGCUGGUACCGGGUUUACACGUCCGUCAUGGGCUACUUUGGUGUUCCCACGAAGAUGUGCUGGUCCAUCAACAGAGGAGAAGGCCUCACGCCAGUGGACAGUUGCGAAGGGUUGGGCGACCCGGCCUACUUCUACGUGACAUGCGUGUUCUUGCUCAACGGGCUGAUGAUGAGCAUGUUUUUCCUGUACGGCGCUUACCUCAGCGGAAGCCGACUGGGCGGCAUUGUGACCACCGUGUGUUUCUUCUUCAAUCACGGCGAGAGCACACGUGUGAUGUGGACUCCUCCUCUGAGGGAAAGCUUUGCUUACCCUUUCCUGGUCCUACAGAUGAUGCUACUCACAUUCAUCUUGAGAACCCGGAACCCGAGCAGGAUGGCCCUGGCCGCUUUGGGAAUUUCCACAGUGUGCUUCAUGCUGCCAUGGCAGUUUGCCCAGUUUGUGCUGCUCACUCAGGUAGCUUCCCUGUUUGCGUCCUACAUCCUGGGUUACCUCAGCGCGGCUAAGAUGCAGUCAUUGUUGGUCACUCACAUGGUCGCACUGGCCUUCUGCUUUGUGUUGAUGUUUGGCAACGCCAUGCUGCUCACAUCCUUUUACGCCUCCUCGCUGGUUUCAAUCUGGGCUGUCAUUGCGCUGAGGGAUCGCUUGACUCGGAUCUUCAGAACUGGCUUGGUCUUCUGGGUCAUGCAGGCUUUAUUUUGGGUGGGCUCCACCGUUCUGCUGAAAUUCCUGCUGUCCACCAUUCUCGGUGCUUCCGAUGAUGCUCACAUCAGUGGCCUGAUCAAGUCCAAAUUUACCAGCUACAAGGAUUUCCACACGCUCAUGUACACAUGCGCUGCAGAGUUUGACUUCAUGGAGUGGGAGACUCCCACCCGCUACCUGACAACGUUGCUGCUGCCCAUCAACUUGUUACUGGUGGCUUUGAUUGCAAAGACGAUUAUGCAAGAUGUCAUCCGCUACCUGAAGGAUGGAGGAAAAGCAAAUAUUGGUCGUAAAGAUGACACAGUUGUGAGGUGUGACGUUGUCACUAAAGGAGAGAUGGCGUACCACAGUCUGCAGCUUCUGGCCUUCAGCGUGCUGGCCGUCCUCAUCAUGCGCCUGAAGCUCUUCCUCACGCCGCACAUGUGCAUCGUGGCAUCGCUGAUCUGCUCCCGGCAGUUACUGGGCUGGAUGGCGGACAGGACCAAACAACAGGUCGCCGUGUUUGUCAUGCUGGCCCUCAUGUCGGUGAAGGGGGUGGCCAACCUGCAGGCCCAGUGGGGCAUCAUCGGGGAGUUCAGCAACAUGCCUCAGGAGGAGCUGCUGGACUGGAUACAGGACAACACCUUCCCUGAUGCUGUGUUUGCGGGUGCGAUGCCCACAAUGGCCAGCGUGAAACUGUCCACGGGUCGGCCCAUCGUGAACCACCCCCACUACGAAGACGCCGGUUUGAGGGAGAGAACCAAGCUGGUGUACUCCAUGUAUAGCCGCAUGUCCGCAGAGACUGUCAAGAGUAAUUUGAACAAGCUGGGAGUCGACUUUUUUGUUCUGGAAGAUUCUUGGUGCACCAGGAGAACCAGGCCCGGCUGCAGCAUGCCGGAGAUCUGGGAUGUGGAAGACCCGGAGAACGUGGGUAAAAUUCCUCUGUGCACUCACAUGUCCAGGAACUCACGGCCACACUUCACCACCGUCUUUGCCAAUCAUAUCUACAAAGUUCUCAAAGUGCCCAAAGAUGCCAGAUAACAGCACUCGGUCAUCUGCUUUUGGACUUUACUCAGAAUCCUCAAAUCUCAAGUUGUUUUGGUGCAGCGGUGGAAGCAAUAUAUGUUAUAGGACUUCAAUCGGAUAACUUGUUCAGCGUUUUUUUUUUUUUUUAGCCUGUCGCACUGCCAAACUACCCGUAGCGGUUUAUCACGCCCUAACAGUAGCAGUGUGUAGAAAUAAGGUUGCAAAAAGCAGAAGUUAAAGCAUUGGAAUAACAAGUUAAAUAGGAAGCCUUUACGUGCCAAAGGGAGCCACUGCGUGAACAAAAAAACAUGUACAGAGCUUUUUUCCUAGGAAUGUUUUUAAAUCGUUUCUAAUGUGUUAUGGUUCCUCUCUCUGUCUAUGCGUGUUGCACAUGUUUUAUAGUUGUUUUGUAUUAAAAUAAAGGGUACAAUUGAUGU